GUCCAGUCCUGAGCCCACUCUAUCCUACUCCAGAUCAGCUUCCCCUGGGCCCUCUCACUUGGCACAGUCUGACCUUCGAAUGACCCAGUGUGGAGGCUGCUGAGGCAGCGGCCAUGGUUCCUCUGUAUGAGGACAACCAGGAGAACAUUUGUCCCAUCUGCCUGGAUCCCCCGAAGGAGGCUGUGAGCACAGACUGCAAACACCUCUUCUGCCGAAUGUGUCUGACCCAGCACAUGGAUAAGGCCUCGGUCUCUGGGGUCCUGAGCUGCCCAGUCUGCAGGAAGCCCUGCUCUGAGGGGGUCCUUGGAGCCAGUUACAUCUGCUUCAGUCACCAGAAGAGGGUGUGCAGGUUCUGUGAGGCAAGCAGACAUCUCCUGUGUGUGGAAUGCCUCAAGUCCCCUGAACACCAGUCUCAUACUGAGCUCUCCAUUGAAAAUGCCAUCAGCCACUACAAGGAAAGACUCAACCGCAGAAGGAGGAAACUCAGAAAGGACCUGGGUGGCUUUCAACAGCUUAAGGCUCAGAAAGAGGAGAUGCUGCAGGCUCUGCAGGUGGAUUGGGAGAGCCACGGGCUAAGAGAUGAGCUGAUGAACCAAGACCAAACCAAGGAACAGCUGAAGGCCCUACCUCAGAAUUGGCUGGACCAGCAAGAGGACCUACCAGCAGAAGUGGCAGUAACACAGCUCAGCAUCCUGGCUUCCGGCCUGGAAAGGAUGGCCAAGGAACUGGAUGCCAGCACUCUGAAGGAUGCCAGUGACUUACUGGACAGGAGUGCACCACAGAAACUAGAAGGACUUCUUUCUCAUCUUCCUGCAGCCAACCCAAACCCCAGUUAGUUCUCCUGGUGUGUUCUCACCCCCACAGUUCUCACCUGAUACCCUAACCCCUGACACUUGGACACAGCCUCCUUCCUAAGCCACACACGAGCUUGUGGCUCCUUGUGGCCAGGCAUUUCAGACCUCCAUUACACCCAGGGCCAUUUGU